UUAGCUGCAAAAUUCCCCUUUGCCAACAAAAUUUUAAAUCUUUCUAACUUGUGAAUUAGAUCUUUAAAUUUAAAGACUAAUUACACUUUUUUAUUCAAGGAGUUCAUUGAGAAUUUAUUUUAGUGAAAACAUUCAAAAUUUUCGCUAGCAAAAAUCCCAUUGGCUCCUUCAAUUUCCUCUCCAUGGGUCCCAAAGCAAUAGGCCCACUCAAAAGAACAACGAUCAUCGUAAACUACAGUUGGACGAUCAGAAACGCAUCAUCGUCGGCACUUUGACAAUAGUACUGUCUGAGCGUGUCACACGGGAACCAACCCAUUAAGAAUUACGCGCGCGAUGGGUUUUAGGGGAGGGCCCUUUUGGUGAAGCUUGUUUGUUUUCUUGCGGGGGAGGGAAGCGAAGAGGCACAAAAACGCCGUCGUUAGUCUCUGCCGUCGCCGCAGAAGCUUUCCAGCUUCAAAUACAACGACUCUAUUUCCUCCCCUUUCUGCUCUGCAACAACGCCGCCAACGAUGAAGAAGAAGAAGAGAGACGCAAUCAACGGCCACAGCUGCAUCAACAUCACCGCCACCGCCAUCGGCGGCGUCGUUUUCAAAACCUCUGUUCUCCGGCGACACUUCCGCCGUAUCCGCCACCACGUGUUCCCGCUAAUCUCCGCCGUUUCCGGUUGCCUGCUCCUCUUCCUCGCCGCCUUCUCUGUUCUCGCUCCGUCGCCGGUUCUGCAUCCUCACGAUCACCUCUCGCUCUUACGUCACCUCACCUCGGAUGACAAUGGCGACGUUGAGGUCUGGCCGAAUUCGGAGGAGACGACGAAGUUUCGCGUGCCGGAGAGUGGGGGAAGUUCAGGUCGAUAUUUAUGGAGUACAAGGAAAUCGGAGCUUUUCUAUGGCUGCAGCAAUGCCGCCGAUAACUUUGCAACUGCUGAUGCGAAAACUCAUUCGAAUCGCUACUUGUUGAUUGCUACUAGUGGAGGCUUGAACCAACAAAGAACAGGGAUAACAGAUGCUGUCGUUGCAGCUUAUAUCUUGAACGCUACUCUUGUUGUUCCCAAGUUGGACCAGAAAUCGUAUUGGAAGGAUUCCAGCAACUUCGAUGAAAUCUUUGAUGUAGACUGGUUUAUAUCAUCUCUUUCGAAAGAUGUUAAAAUCAUUAAAGAGCUUCCAAUGAAGGGAGGGAAACCAAUGAGUGUGCAUACCACUCGAGUCCCAAGGAAGUGUAAUGAAAAAUGUUACCAGAACCGCUUGGUACCUGUUCUUAAUAAAAAGCAUGCUGUUCAGCUCACAAAAUUUGAUUACAGACUUUCAAAUAGGUUGAAUUCAGAUUUACAAAAGCUGAGAUGUAGAGCCAAUUAUCAAGCCUUGAAAUUUAUCAACACAAUUAGCGAAAUGGGUAAAAAGUUGGUUGAGAGAAUGAGAAUGAAAAGCAAGCAUUUCAUUGCCCUGCAUCUGAGGUUUGAGCCUGAUAUGCUGGCGUUUUCUGGAUGCGAUUAUGGUGGGGGAGAAAAGGAAAGGAAAGAACUUGGCAAACUUCGGAAAAGGUGGAAAACUUUACAUGCAAGCAACCCUGAUAAGGUACGAAGACAUGGCAGAUGCCCGCUAACUCCAGAGGAAGUUGGUCUCAUGCUUAGAGCAUUAGGUUUCGGAAAUGAUAUUCACUUGUAUGUGGCAUCCGGUGAAGUAUAUGGAGGUGAAGAGACAAUGGCACCACUGAAAAUACUUUUCCCAAACUUCCACACAAAAGAGACUUUAUUAAGUAAGGAGGAGUUGGCACCAUUUUCAUCCUUCUCUUCUCGAAUGGCUGCACUGGACUUCAUUGUUUGUGAUGAAAGUGAUGUUUUCAUCACCAACAACAAUGGCAAUAUGGCUAAAAUGUUAGCUGGUCGAAGGAGAUAUUUUGGUCACAAACCAACAAUCCGUCCAAAUGCUAAGAAACUGUCUCCGUUGUUCAUAAAUCGUAAUAACAUGACAUGGGAAGAAUUUGCAUCGAGGCUUCGAACGAGUCAAAUUGGAUUCAUGGGAGAGCCAAAUGAGAUAAAGCCAGGCAGGGGUGAGUUCCACGAAAACCCAGUAGCCUGCAUUUGUAGUGCAUCCAACACAAAGGCUAAGGAAGUUCCAAUUCUGCAAAAUGAAAGUCCUGAUAUCCUUAAAAUAGAUAAGGAGGAUUAUACAAACAAGGACAGUGGUUAUGCGACAGAUGAGCAAGUAACUGAGGACGAGCAAGAUUGGUCUGAGGCUGAUUAUGAUGAAAUUACAAAUAGGUCUCUAGGGAAAGUGCUACCUAGUGUAAGAGUUUCGGAUCCAAGUCUUCUACAUAAGUCCGACCAACCAGAAAUCGAAGAAUUCUUUUCAGACUGAAGUUUGACGACAGGAUUUCAAUUUUUGGCAAGUUAGCAGUUUUGUCUUAACAAGCUCUUCACCAAAUUCUUUGGGUCUUUCUGUCGCCCGUUUUGAUAGGUUACUUACAUGGGUGAGAGUGAUUUAUACAAUUGAAGUGGCCGUAACAGAAAACCACAUUGUACA